CGCACAUCAAACUGGACCAAUUGUACGACAAACAAAUUACCAACACAACUGUUAUAGAGUGAUAUAAUAUGUAACAUGUAUAUGUGUAGAUUUCAGUUUGGAAGUUGCAGCGGCAAAAAGGGAAUGCAAGGGCGAUGGACCCGAGUGAGAAAUGACUCUGACAGCUUGUGAGUUGAGACCUUUUGGAGCAAUUCUUCGAUGCAGUUCUAAGUGAGAGAAGACGAAGACAUACGAAGAAGAGACUGCAGAGACAGCACCUCGCGUACUGGUAAUACAAAAAAUAACAAACAACGUCCCAAGCAGCAUGCGACAGUAUACCCUCCAGCAAGCCCUCCAACAAGAAUCCAUGCAUAUGGUGCUUUCAAGAAGAAGUUGCGCACCAGAUUUAGUAUUCCUGUCCGGGCCUGUCCGCACUUUUGUUGUGAAGUCGCUUUUGUAGGAAGAACUACUCCCUUCUAGUUGAACCUGGCCACAAAGCUGCUCUUGGUCGCCCUGCCACCACGAACGGCACAGGAAGUUUUGAAGGGAGGAAUUACCGGAGCUGCUUGCGAGGCAUAGCCGACAUAGCCUUUUGGCUCCGAAGUACCAAGUGCCAUAGCUUGCAGUGGCCCAGAUGUCUGCCUCAGGUCCUCUCUCCGGCUUGCAGAGAAUCGUCACAAGUGAGGGUUCAUUUGGUCAUCCGGAGAUUUGCCGGCCGCCCUGCGUCCAAAUCGUCAAGAACGGCACAUGCCGCUUGGGCUUUGCAUGCGGCUUUUGCCACAUGCCGCACGAGAAGAAGAUGAUGAGACUGGACAAGUCACAGCGUCUCAUAUUGAAGCACGCAGAUGCAGGACAGCGUUUGGACAUGAUCUUGCCUCACAUCAUCAAAAAGUUUGAGAAGAUUUCGGACCCGGAAGCAACAAAACUCGUGGUUCUUUUGCAGCAGCAAUGCUCUCAAGCCACCGCUGAAGUAAGCGGAGCAUGGCUGAAGAAGUUGCGACAGGUCCAAAUUCACCGCAGCCUCGAACGAAUGAAUGCAAGUGCGUUGCUUGACUUGCUGUCAGGUUAUGUGCAGGAAGAUAUAUUCCAUGCCUUGCAUAAGCUGCGCCAAAACCAUUUUAUCUCUCCCUGUCAAGAAACAUUUGACAGUUUUUUCGAUGGGAGAAUCACGGUAUUUUCACUAUGAAAUUGUAGUUGUAGCUAGCUUCCACACUUGCAUG